AUGCCGCGCUCUCGCGAGAGUAGAGAGGAGGCGUGUAGCGUCAAGGGUCCACUUUCUCGUAACCAUAGUGAUGCGAAGACGCUAGCAGCCAGUUCGGGAGACGGCGGGGGAGGCGGCCAGAGGCCGCGGCGUGGCGUUGGCGCGUGUAUCCGCGACGUCUUCCGGCGACAGGCUCCUGAGAGGGGACGGCCAGAGAGCCCACUCCGACUGAUAAUGGACACAGUUCCAGAGAUGCCCUCCACUGAUGCCCACUCCAGUGAUAUAGUUGCAGAAAGAUACCUGGUUGAGUCCAAGAAGUCCACAGCCCAUGUUCCACUUGCUUGCAGCACACAGUACUGUGCUUUUCCUUUAGAUGGGAACCAUCUCUGUGUGUGGAGCCCCAGGGACCCUUCUCACCAGCUCCUCACUUUACAAGGACACCAUCAGCUGAUUACCGCUGUGGUUUUUGGAAAUCAAAUAGAUCCACAUCAACUCUGUUCUGCCUCCCAUGAUUGUAUUAUAAUGUGGAAUGUGGCCGCAUGCCGAGAGAAGACACUCAAAGGGGUGAUUCCUCGAGGGACUGUCCUGGGCUCCCCUUUACAAACAGUGCUCUGUUUGAGGUUUAGUCCAGACGAUCGUGCUGUUGCAGUGUGUGCUGGAAACAAAAUAUCCGUGAUGGAUGUGGAGGUCUGGGACUAUUGUGUGGGAUCCUCGAUAUACAACUCAUCCAUUUUAACAGCUUACCCUCUCCUGAGUUUGCUUAUCCGUGAAGAAAACAGACAGCUGGUCACUGGCAGUGCGGAUGGCCAGCUGUGGAUAUUUAGUUUGAUGGAGAGUCACCACUAUCACUGUGUGGCACAUGUGGACCUGAGGAAGAAAAGUGACACUUUCUCCACUCGAAGAAUGCUGGCCAGGCAGUGCAGCCUUCCAGAAGACAGUCAGUACCACUCUACACCUGAGGUGGAUAAAAGGGAAGAAGCUGAAGCCUCAUUCCCUGUCCUGAGCCUGGCACACUGUGACCUCUGCCUGCCCGACACCCAGGAUGGAGCGUGCGGCUGUUUUUCCUCUGAGUGCACCAAAUGCCUGUGGAUUGGAAGCUCGACAGCUUUAUUCGUAUUUAACCCGGCAAGCGUUGAAUUAGAAGCUGCUUUACAUUUCAAGGAAUUUCAGAACCUGAGUGUCCAAGUCGCUGGGUCCUGUGCAGUGAUGAGUGAGGCCAUGAGCCCCAAGGCACUGUGCAUGCUCUCAUCUAUGUUUGGAAACAAGAUCGCCGUGUUGGACGUCAGCCUGGCUGCCCUGCUGAGCUCCCAGAGGAGCCCCGGUGCCGGGAGAGUGCUUUCCGUGCUGCCAAGCUCCUGUGUCCUACCAACCUCUCCACUGUAUUUUGGAGUUGUUAAGGAAAGCCUUCCUAAGCCUGCCAGUAGCAAACGACAUGCUGUGAGGAGUGUCAUGGAGGACAGACCCCUCAUUUUCCACAAUAAAAUCAGGUCAUCUGGUUAUACAUCGGCACCGCAUGGGACUAUGUUUUCCCCAAAGACCAACAUCAAGCAUAUUAACAAAAGAACUUCCAAAGGCAAGAACAGUCACAAGUGGUAUGUAAUUGAGUGCGCUCCCACAAAGCCCGAACAUGAAGUUGCAGUGGCUCAGGAGCCUGUUGCUGUGAGCUGUCUGCAGUACUCAGGGGAUGGACAGCGGUUGGCCUGUGGCUUAGCUAACCAUCUUUCCCUGGUUUUUGAUGCUAGCCUUUCUGGAAGACCUGCUGCUUUUUCAGGUCACGAUGGAGCUGUGAGCACCAUCUGCUGGAGCCAUGACAAGAGAUGGCUGCUGUCUACAGGCCGGGACCGGACACUGAGGGUGUGGUCAGUUCAUAGGAGAGAACUCAUGCUGCUUUUGGGUCCAGGGUCUUUCUCCAAGCCAAUAACGUCCGCACAGUUCUACUACAUGGAUGCUUUCAUGCUGCUGUCUUCUGGCCCUGAACUUUGGCUCCUAAAGUACCACAUUGACCUCUGCAGGGAUGACAUGCGGAGGUAUAAACCCAAAAGCAGGUAUAAACCUGUUUUCAGGCUCCCGUUAACCAGUGGGGCAGACGUGACCACUCUGUCUGCAGUGAAUGACUUUUAUUCCCACAUCGUACUCACAGCUGGCCGGGACCGGGCUGUGGAAGUUUUUGACCUCAAUGUUGGCCGCAGUGCUGCAGUGAUAGCCGAAGUCCAUUCUCGGCCUGCCCAUCAAAUUUGUCAGAAUAAAGGAUCAUCAUUUGCUGCCCAGCAGUCCCUGGCGUAUAAUCUUUUCCUGACCACAGCUGUUGGCGAUGGGGUUCGGCUGUGGGACUUGAGGACUCUGAGGUGUGUGCGCUGCUUUGAAGGGCAUCCACACCGCUGCUACCCUUGCGGAGUUGCGUUCAGUCCUUGCGGAAGGCUUGUGGGCUGUGGUGCAGAGGACAGACAUGCCUACGUGUAUGAAAUGGGCUCCAGCAGCUUCCUCUACCGUCUUGCAGGACACACAGACACAGUCACUGAGGUGGCCUUCAACCCAGCAGCUCCUCAGCUGAACCUGCAGAGCCAGUCUGCUUACAUUUAAAGUAAUUAUAGCUCGCCACUGCCGCCUUGGAUGGGAAACUUCA